CCACCCUUCUCUUCCUCUCUCUACGCCUCCUCUCUCUCCACCAGACCAGCUCAACGCCUCGCGCGGUCGCACCUCGACGGGCCCUGAGCUAGGGUUUCCUCCGCCGCCACCACCUCUCCCCCUGUUACGCGGCCGGUGCGCAGCCAUGGCGCUGGCGCAGGCGGGCAUGGGCCUCACGAAAGUCGUGGUCCUCGUCGGCGCCGGCGUCGCCGGCUCCGUCGUCCUCCGCAACGGCCGCCUCGCCGAGAUCCUCGGCGAGCUCCAGGAGAUACUCGACAAGGGGAGCAAGGGGAAGGGCAGCGGAGGGGGAGGAGAUGGCGAAGCCGACCUCAACGAGGCGCUCACCUCGCAGGUGCGUCGGCUGGCAAUGGAGGUCCGACAGCUUACUUCCUCACGUCCGGUAACUGUUAUUGCUGGAGGUUCUGGACAAUCAGGAGUGUCAGGUCUGUUAGUACCUGCAGCAACUGUAGGGGCACUGGGAUAUGGCUAUAUGUGGUGGAAGGGCAUCUCAUUCUCAGAUCUAAUGUAUGUUACCAAGCGCAACAUGGCAAAUGCUGUUUCAAGUAUGACUAAACAUUUGGAGCAAGUGCAAAGCUCGCUUGCUGCUGCUAAAAGGCAUUUGACGCAGCGCAUUGAAAAGUUGGAUGAUAAAUUGGAUCAGCAAAAGGCUCUAUCUGGACAAAUAAGAGAUGAUGUUACUGAUGCACGACUGAAGCUCGAGAAUAUCGGUUCAGAAAUUAAAAACAUCAAAGAAUUAGUCUGGGGUCUUGAUGGGAAAAUUGAUUCAAUGGAAGCCAAACAGGACUUUUCAUGUGCGGGUGUGAUGUACCUCUGCCAAUUCAUAGAGCAAAAUGGUGGAAAGCUGCCGGAACGCCUGGAGGGCCCAAAAGUGACUGGGAAGCGUUAUGGAGGUCAGAAGGUCAUACAGGGGUUGCAACUGGCGAUAGAAUCAGGGAAUUUUGGCAAGGACGCCAUUGAUGCGCUAAUCAACGAUUCUGAUUCCACUGAUAAGAUAAACAGGUCGAGCUCCAUCAAAUCAGUCAAAUAAUUAUUCUCCGGUUGACACCAAGGGCCAAACAUCUUCCUAUGGAGAUCCCAUGCCCCAUGAGAGUAUUGUAAAGGGUAUUCAUUACAAGUAAACAUGUAAAGAGCUGCAGCCUUUUUCUAAAGUUAUUUGCUUGCAGGAAGUGCUGUUUGUUUAAUUUGUAAGCUUGUGCAAAUGCCAGUAGUUGCUACUUAGGAAUCUAGGCAAUGCUUCAGUUUUGUGGCAUCGCUUUGUGACAUGAUUUGACUUUUGAGGCAGCACUCUGCCGUAAAUAAAUGGACAACACUCUGGUUGGCUUGUGAC